GACUCUUCCCUGCGCAAAUUUGCGCAGGCUCAGGAAUUCUAGUGUUAAGGCCGUGAAAAACAUCAAGGAAGGGACGUAAAUGUAGUUUCAAGUCGCAGCUCAACAUUACGCAUGCGCGCAAUAUUAACUCUAAAUUUUAGGUGAAAUUUGAACUUAUUAUAUUUGGCCUACAAAAAAAGAAGACUCCAUUCAAUGUAAAAUUAACAAUGAAUCUGUUAAUUAUGUUUGGUAAGUUUCAUAUUCACAAAUCAAAUUUUUCUUUAUCUCAACUUUCUCCCCAUGUGCUAGUAAAAGAAUUAUAAUCUUAUUUACUUACCAUAUCUAAAAGUAUAAACAGAAAAGCCAUAGGUAUUUAUGAAAGUUGUCUGUCUUUAAAUAUAUUUAACUUGUCUUAAAUGAUUGUUCUGUAAUGUAUGCUUUGUAAUGUUUACUUUUUACUUUGCUUAAUGUUUGUGUUGCAAUGUAUAUACCAUACUCUAGCACUCUCAAUGUUCUAGUUGUUCUACAUUUUUGUUCUGUAUGUUUUGGACAAUAAAAAAAAAAAAAAAAAGCAUUACGCAUGCGCAGUAGCAGCAGAAAGGGUAACAGGAAAUGAGAACGUGUCUCCUGGUUGAGCGGAACCAGGAACGUGUCUCCUGGUGGAGCGGAACCAGGUGGAAGCAAGUGCUGGACACCGGCAGAACCAGGACGGAGCAAGUCUGAGAACUGGAGCAAAGGACUGCCGAACCGAACCGGGCCCUAGUCCCCCCAAAACAGAGCGGAGACAGGGAGCUGCUGCAUGCCAAGCGCUGAUCCGUCCCAUCGGCCACCAGCCGAAUCUAGUCACCGGCAACCGCCCUUAGGAUGAGGCUAAAAGUAGGGUUCCUUCUGCGGAGUGCGCUCGUGGUCGGGACGUUCCUGGGUCUACUUUUGUUAUGGUCGUCCCUGUCACCGAAGAACGAUGACGAAAGCCCAUUUGGAAAAAGGGAGGAGAGUGUUUUUGGCAAAGGAGACCCGGCGGGACAUUUUAAGCCUGUGGUGCCGUGGCCUCACGUGGAGGGAGUGGAGGUCGACCUCAACUCCAUCAGACUCAAGAAUGAAAAGGCUGACCAAGACCCCAACCACCAACUCAAUCAGAGACAGGUCAUUCAGAAGCAGUUUGUCACAUUCAAACCUCAGACUCAUCAGUACUCCAGUCCUGUUCUAAGGAAAGGUGUCCUUGGAAACUUUGAGCCCAAGGAACCUGAGCCUCAUGGGAUCCUCAACGGUCCUGGAGAGGGAGCCAAACCCUUGAUCCUGGGCCCAGAGUAUAAAGAGUCAGUUCAGGCCUCCAUCAAAGAAUUCGGCUUCAAUAUGGUUGCCAGCGAUAUGAUCUCAAUGGAUCGAACUAUCAGUGAUCUUCGCAACGACGAGUGUAAGUAUUGGCACUACGAUGACAGACUGCUAACAUCCAGUGUGGUGAUCGUCUUCCACAAUGAGGGCUGGUCCACCCUCAUGAGAACUGUCCACAGCGUCAUCAAGAGGACUCCCCCACAGUACCUGGCUGAGAUUGUUAUGAUUGAUGACUUCAGCAACAAAGUCCAUCUGAAAGAGCGUCUGGAAGAGUACAUCAAACAAUGGAAUGGUCUGGUCAAGCUCUUCAGAAAUGACAAGAGAGAAGGACUGAUACAGGCCAGAAGUAUUGGGGCCAAGAAGGCCACUAAAGGACAGGUUCUGAUUUACUUGGAUGCUCACUGUGAGGUUGGAAUCAACUGGUAUGCUCCCUUGAUUGCUCCAAUUUCAAAAGACAGGACAGUGUGUACAGUGCCACUCAUAGAUUAUAUAGACGGUAAUGUGUACACUAUGGAGCCUCAGCAGGGUGGAGAUGAGGAUGGCCUUGCUCGAGGAGCAUGGGACUGGAGCCUCCUCUGGAAGAGAGUUCCUCUCAGCCAGAAAGAGAAAUCUAAGAGACAACACACCACCCAGCCCUACCGAUCUCCAGCUAUGGCUGGGGGAUUGUUUGCCAUAGAGAGAGACUACUUCUUUGAACUGGGUCUCUAUGACCCUGGACUCCAGAUAUGGGGAGGAGAGAACUUUGAAAUCUCAUACAAGAUAUGGCAGUGUGGUGGUCAGCUGCUUUUUGUUCCAUGUUCCCGUGUUGGCCAUAUCUACAGACUUCAAGGCUGGCAGGGAAAUCCUCCACCUGCACAUGUUGGAUCUUCCCCUACUUUGAAGAACUAUGUCCGUGUGGUGGAAGUGUGGUGGGAUGAGUACAAAGACUUCUUCUAUGCUAGCCGUCCAGAGACUCUCACUCUUGCCUACGGAGAUAUCAGUGAUCUGAAGCGUUUCAGGGAGGAACAUCGAUGUAAGAGUUUCAAGUGGUUCAUGGAGGAAAUCGCGUAUGACAUUCCAUUGCAUUACCCUCUUCCUCCCAAAAAUGUCGAGUGGGGGGAGAUUCGUGGCUUGGAGACAAGCUACUGCAUUGACAGCAUGGGACACACCAAUGGAGGGAAUGUGGAAAUUGGUCCAUGCCACAGGAUGGGAGGUAACCAGUUGUUCCGCAUCAAUGAAGCCAACCAGCUGAUGCAGUAUGACCAGUGCCUGACCAGAGGAGACAACUCAGCAGUUAUUAUCACUCACUGUGACCGCAACCAGUAUACCGAGUGGAAGUACUUUAAGGAUCUCCAUCGAUUUACUCAUAUGCCGACAGGGAAAUGUCUGGACCGCUCUGACCUGCUCCAUAAGGUCUUCAUAUCAGACUGUGACACCAGCAAAACCACUCAGAAAUGGGAGAUGAACAAUAUAGUUGCUGUAUGAAGACUGCAAACUGUGACGUUUCCACACAGGAACUGUAGACGGACGUGCCAGGAAGUGCAGCCGUCCCUUAAAGAGGCUUUAGCAGGUGCUUUUAGCCCCCCCAAACAUGUUUGUCAGUUGUGGGUCAGUGUGGUACCGGGGUAUAACGAACACAAACGUGGAGGCAGAGACUAAAGCAGCUGGGGGGUUGAAUGAGCUGCUGGAUGAACAGACGCGCGUCUCUGGACUUUCAUGAUGUUUGAAUCGUUUCUUAAUCUCUUUUUUUUCUUUUGGGAUCUUAAGUUCUUGUUAAUUGGCUGCAUCAGUUCAGGAUAUAUGUCUUAAGGAUUUUUUUAAUAAUGUGAUCAUCUUACCAAAGAGGCCUCCUGAUAAGUGGGGAUUUUAUUGAUGGGUUUGUUGUCCUUAUGAAGGGCAGGAUGAUUGUUUUUUUCUGUUUGUUUUUUUAUAAGUUUGGCUUCCUUGACUAGAAAUGGAACAAAAAGUAAGUCAUAGAGCAAAGUAUAUGACAUUUCAACAAGACACUCCACUAUGUUUAAGAAAAGGCAGCUUUCUGGCCCAUACACUACUGCGUUUAGGUUAAUUCUUUUUUAACAACCUUCAAAUAAAAUCUUUUUUUUUUACUUCUGGUCCUUUUCCUGUAAAACAACAGACGUGACCCACUCCAGAAUCUUACUUGCCAAGAUGUUUCUAAAAUCUAAAAGUGUCCUAAUGCUUUUACAUUUUUUGAGCCAAACCAAGCAUUGCUUUCUGAUACAAAAUGUAACAAUUUGAAUGUGUUUUGGUGACAGUUGGUCUGAAAAUAAAGAAACCAAUAGUUCUUAUUAUGUUGGGAAAGACUCCAAGUCCAAAACGCCUGCUUAUUUUAUUUGUUGUUGUUGCCGGGUUCGGUGAAGAGGCUCUGGUGUUUUUGAUCACGUUUACAGUAUGUUGUACAACAUAAUUUAUUUCUGAAUAUUCUCAUGGUGAAAUAUAUGAAAGGCCAUCAAUGUAAAUAUCUAAUUUAUAGAAAAGAUUUAAUAUUAUUUCCAAGGAAAGGGUGAAAGAAGAAAUAAAAGUUUUUUGCUACUAA